AUUGGAGGACCCUGAUCAGAACAUUCACCUGAAAAACCUGUCUCGCCAUCUGGCAACCACGGAGGAAGAAGCUCUGAACCUGCUUUUCUUAGGAGACACCAACAGGAUGAUUGCCGAGACUCCUAUGAACCAAGCUUCCACUCGUUCCCACUGCAUUUUCACUAUUCACUUGUCAAGCAAAGAACCGGGAUCUGCAACUGUCCGGCACGCGAAACUUCACCUGGUGGACUUGGCUGGCUCCGAGCGAGUCGCAAAGACUGGAGUAGGGGGCCAGCUCCUGACAGAGGCCAAGUACAUCAACCUGUCUCUGCAUUACUUAGAGCAGGUCAUCAUCGCGCUUUCAGAGAAGCACCGUUCGCACAUCCCCUACAGGAACUCCAUGAUGACCAGUGUCCUGAGAGACAGUUUGGGAGGGAACUGCAUGACGACCAUGAUCGCCACUCUCUCUCUGGAGAAAAGGAACAUCGACGAGUCUAUAUCUACCUGCAGAUUUGCACAGCGGGUGGCGCUCAUCAAGAAUGAAGCUGUUCUUAAUGAAGAAAUUGAUCCCAGACUGAUGAUCGCACGCCUGCAGAAGGAAGUCCAGGAGCUGAGGGAUGAGCUGGCCCUGGUCACGGGGGAGCCGAGGACCGAGGCCCUCACAGAGGCGGAGCUCCUCCUGUUGGAAAAACAAAUAGCAUCCUUUUUGGAAGAUCAGGACCCAGAGAGUAGACUAGAGGUUGGCGCCGACAUGCGUAAAAUUCAUCACUGUUUCCGCCAUUUAAAGAAACUACUGAUGGACAAGAAGGGUGAUGGAACAAACACAAUGUCCUCUGAAAUCAAAGACCAGGACUGUCAGGAGCCACUGAAAGAGGAGGAAUAUAAAAAACUACGAGAUAUUCUACAGCAGAGAGAUAAUGAAAUCAAUAUUCUGGUCAACAUGUUAAAGAAGGAAAAGAAGAAAGCUCAAGAUGCCCUCCACGCAUCUGGCGCGGAUAGAAACGAAUCUAGACGCGCACAGAACUCGCCCCUCCCCGCAGGGAACCCGGAGGGCCCAAGGACAUUGCCGCCCUCAGCUUCCACACAGGCCCAAGAUGCCACCACUUUUGGGCACAGAUCCAGUUUGCUCCAGAGAAAAACAGGGAUGAGAGAGGAAAUGUCAUUAGGACGCCAGGAGGCCUUUGAAAUCUUCAAGAGGGACCACGCCGACAGCGUGACCAUCGAAGACAACAAACAGAUUCUGAAGCAGAGAUUUUCUGAAGCAAAGUCCCUGGGAGAAAAUAUAAAUGAAGCAAGAAGUAAAAUCGGUCACCUGAAGGAAGCUAUCACCCAGCGGCAUCUGCAGCAAGCGGCUCUAGGUGUCACAGAGAACAUGCCCGCGCCCGCGGUGCCAGACCUGCAUGAAGAGAAGCUGCGGUCACAGCUGGAGGAGGAAAAGAGAAGGUAUAAAACCAUGUUCACGCGCCUGAAGGCCCUGAAGGUGGAGAUCGAGCACCUGCAGCUGCUCAUGGACAGAGCCAAGGUGAAGCUGCAGAAGGAGUUUGAGGCCUGGUGGGCAGCGGAGGCCAGCAGCCUGCAGGUGGACCCUCUGGCAGGGAACUCACCCAGUCACACGCAGCCGCUCCCACCCAGGCCCGGAUCCCAGCACGAGAGGCCCCCACUUCUCUCUAACCAAAGCAGUGUGUAUACCAGGAAAAUCCUGCCCUCGCCUCGCCCCAUCCUGCCCAGCCCGGAGGAGACGGGCCCUCGUGCCUCCCUGGACGACAGAAUCCCUGAGAGGCGGGCCUCGGCCGUCCCCCUCACCGGAGACAGCAAGACGGAUUCCGACAUCCUGGCAUUCAUCAAGGCCAGACAGAAUGUUCUGCAGAAGAAAUGUUUCCAGUGAGGGUCCAGUAAGAACGAACGACAGACGACAACGCCCCUCACUCACCCUGGCUUCAGCAGUGACCUGCUGGGAGCAACUCGUGACUUUGAUUUCAAUGGAGGAGACUGUUUCUUUAGGGCUGGUGUCUGGGAGGCUGCCGGGAGCUGGGGCCACUUUGCUGUGGGCGCUGGAGUGGCUGGCAGGCCGGGCGGGGCCAGGGAGCUGGGGCUGGACAAGGGCUGCUGCUCACUCACAGACAUGAAGUAGCACCAGGUAGUGCAAGGGCUCACAUGGGUGGAAUAGGGGGAAUAAUAGUCAUUUCCAGCUAUUUUCCAGCCUACCCUCUGCCACAGGAACGCCGAGGGCAGGCCAGGCGGGAGGCUGGAGCUAAGGUAGGGCAGUGGAAUGCAGGGCAUCGUGAGGGCCAGUUCCAGUCUCUCGGCCAUCACCCUGAUGCCAGGCUGACCUGUAGGCAGCAUCGGCAUGAGCUGUGUCUCCAGAGAUCCACCCACCCUGCGGUCUAAGGACAAGGCAGCACCCAGAGCGCCGUGGAUGGCUCAGGAGCUCCGCAGUGUGGGCGCCCUGGGGCACUACAGGAUUGGGGCUGAAACUCCCACCAGGAAACAGCUGCGGGGUCGUGUCUCAGAGAGGCUCCUGGCACUCCAGGCCCAGCACCUGGUGCAGAGCCUGCGGAGGGUGGGCCAACCCUUAGGCAGCGGUGAGUGGGGGCUGGGGUCAGGGAGCACGAACGGAGAGGGAGAGGAAUGGCGCCUGGAAAUGAAGCUCACAGAAUAAAAGUGCUUGUCCGCUGCUCCUGUUCUCUCCUUCCCAGGGGCUUAUUUCCCUCUUCUCAGGGCCGGCUGAAAGGGUCAUGCAGGAGAAAAGGGGUCCCUGAAUUUCGAAGCUGGGCAGGCCCCAUAGGCCCCUCUAAUCCACACCCUCAUUUACAUAAUUAGGGAACUGAAGUAAAGGGGAGGCUCUGGCUUGUUGAUAUGUGGCUAGUUAGUGACAAAAGUCCCCUCCUUGGGGGGCUUUCCCUGAUCACCCCAACUAGAGGUACCCCUAGUUACUCUCUAACCCAGGGGUCC